AUGAAGUUGCGGUCUCUCUGGAACCUGCUCAAAGACAUCUUUACGACGCACCAGGACUUUACUACCCGGAUCGACGCAGCCGAAGCGCUUUCCUACGCCUCAGUCAGAAUGAAGCAGUUAUACGACUCGAAGCAUACAAAGCCUCCGGUCUAUGAGAAAGAUCAGUAUGCCUUCCUGCGGCUCCAUAAGGGUUACACCAUGCCAUUGACGAAGUUACUCGGCAAGUACGCGCAUCACUACGCAGGACCCUUUCGCAUUGCCGAAGUAAAAGCAGGUGGUCUUGCGUGCAAGCUGGAUCUUCCAAGCCACUGGAGAAUCCACCCGGUUCAACCUGAACCUGCCUCAGCAGACCCCUUCGCUAGGCAACCCAAUCACCCUGCAGAGGUUGCCGAUGACGAAUGGGAGGCGGAAAGGAUCCCCGAUAAGAGAAUCGUGAAACGGGGUCGGUCCUUGACUGAAUUGGUCGAAUACUUGAUCCGUUGGCUAGGUUACGGCGCUGAGCACGAUCAAUGGAUACGUGCGGAUGAGAUGACUGCCGACGAGCUGGUAGAGGAGUUCGAGAAAAGUCUGGAAUAG